AUGCUAUUCUUUUAUGUGGAUGAUAUCGUCCUCGCGUACAAGAAGAGCCGUCAACUAGAAGCUGACUCAGUUCUGAACCAACUUCGCGCCAAAUACAAUAUAUCCGGAGGAGAGGAUCUAGAGUGGUUCCUAGGCAUGAGAAUCAUACGUGAUCGAAGCAAUAAGGUGAUCUGGCUUAGUCAAGCCACCUAUAUCGACAAAAUCGCUAAAUUAGCUGACACUCGGCAAACUGACGAUACACCAAUGUCUCGAGAAGAGUUGCUUCCAUACGAAGGAACGGCCACUUACAAGAGUCAACAUCACUAUCAACGCAAAGUUGGCUCAAUAAUGUACGCGGCUGUAAGCACUCGACCUGACGUGGCUUUUGCCGUCUCACGGCUUGCACGGUUCUUGUCAAAUCCAGGACCCAAGCACCAUAAAGCUGCCGACAAAGUUUUAUGCUAUCUCGAACGUCAUCGUGCGUACGCUUUGAGGCUUGGAGGAGGUGAAGAUUUUUCGGUAUCAACAGACGCCUCAUUUGCAGAUAAUACACUCGACCGGAAGAGCUCGCAAGCAUACGUCAUGACACUUUUCGGAGGAACGAUAGGAUGGCAAGCCAACAAGCAGGAUACGGUGACAACGUCAACUACGGAAGCCGAAUUGUUAGCUCUCGCUCAGGGGGUGAAAGAAGGCAAAUAUGUGCUUCGUUUGCUGCUUGAGUUAGAAAUACGAUUUGAGACACCUACUCUUCACGUUUUCUGUGACAACAAACAGACAUUAGGAUUGCUGGAGAAAGACGCUCCACGACUGCGUACAAAGCUUCGACACGUCGAUAUUCACAAUCACUGGGUUCGACAAGAGGUGCAGAAGGGAGAUAUCCAAGUGCACUAUAUGCCCACGAAAGAUAUGAUUGCCAACGGCCUCACCAAGGCACUCAGCAAGCAGGAACACCAAAUAUUUCUCAAUCAAAUCGGAGUAGAGAAUAUCGACAGCCGUCUCGCUCCCCAGCAAAAAGAUAUAGAGAACCCGGACAUCGAAGAACUGCUUUCUCUCAACGACAUGCCCAACAAUAUAUGA